GAGAUGAGUCACUGAGCUCUUUGACUUUAAAACCUCCUGCAGGAACCGUCACCGCCGGGAGCGAACAUUCUCACAGCUCAGACAUUUCCACGUGAGACCUGAAGCCGGCUUUUCUCCACACGCUUCCAUUCAAAGCACCAUGGAUGGAGUGAACAUGGAAAAGUUGAUGCGUUUAGCAGUGCUGCUUGUCGUUGGGUUUUACGCAGCGUCCUCUAAUGUCCUGCAAAGAAGAAUGGAUCUUGUAGAAGCUGUGAAUUACCUGCAGAAGUUCGGGUACCUGGAUGUACCGCUGGACACAAAUUCUCAGGUGGACAUGAGCGAGAAGAUGGUCAGAGAAGCGCUCAGUCUCUUUCAGAGCGUAUCGGGUCUGACGGUGAGCGGAAAACUUGACGAAGCGACUCUGGCGAAGAUGAGGGGGCCACGCUGUGGUGUUGAGGAUCCGUUCAACCAAAGAUCCAAUAAAUACAGACGAUUUGGUGGAAUUUGGAGGAAAAGAAUCCUGACCUAUCGGCUCUAUAACUUCACUCCAGAUUUGGGGAAGGCAGCGACUCAGCGGGCCAUCAGAUCCGCUUUCAAGUACUGGAGCGACGCCACGCCGUUGAUCUUUAAAGAAAUCGAUUAUGGGCGUGCAGAUAUCAGGAUCUCGUUCCACGACAGGAAGGGAUGUCCUUCUCCCUUCGACGGGCCUGGUCACGUUCUCGCCCACGCCGAAGCUCCUACGUCAGGUCUGGUGCACUUCGACGAGGACGAGUACUGGACAGAGGGGAAGUACUACGGCUCUAAUCUGCGCAUCGUGGCGGCGCACGAGAUCGGACACGCGCUCGGACUGGGUCACUCUCAGUACAGCAGCGCCCUCAUGGCUGCCCACUACAGCGGGUACAAGGCCAACUUCAGGCUGCACCACGAUGACAUCAGAGGCAUCCAGGCACUAUAUGGUAAAAGAACCUCGGGUUCCUACGUGGAGGAGAACUCAAGCGUCAUGGAGCCCACGACUGUAGCGCCGUUCCCACGAGGCGAAGUUCCAGACCCGUGUACUGCCAGGCUCGAUGCCAUCAUGCUGGGUCCAUGGGGUAAAACCUUCGCAUUCAGCGGGGAUUACGUGUGGACCAUCUCAGAUUUGGGACACAACCCACCCAUGAAGAUCAACCUGCUGUGGAAAGGUCUGUCCGGAAACCUGAACGCUGCCGUGCACUCGCCCCGAACCAACAAGACCUACUUCCUGAAGGGUGAUAAAGUUUGGAGGUUUACAAAUUUCCAGCUCGACAACAGCUACCCCAAACAGCUGACCAGGAUUCCUCCUAACAUCGAUGCAGCUCUGUACCUGGAGAAGAACAAGAAACUCUUCUUCUUCAAGGGUUCGGGUUAUUGGCAGUGGGAUGAAAUGGUGUACAACGACCUGAGCAUCUACCCCAAACCCAUCUCCCGUCUCUUCUCCGGAGUCCCUGCAAACCCAGACUCAGCCCUCACCUGGACCAAUGGCAAGAUUUACUUCUUUAAAGGAGACAAGUACUGGCGUUUAAAUGAGCAGCUGGCGGUGGAACCGGGAUACCCCCUCAGUAAACGAGAACGGUGGAUGAGGUGCAACUGAGAGGGAACUAAGAACAGUUCAUGUAGAUCUAUAAACACUUUGAGGUGCUGCUUAAAGACUGAAUCACCAGUGCUGGUUCUGGUUUAAGAACACAACAUUACAUUACAUACACACACGGUACAUGAAGUACAGCUGUGUUGGGGUGUGUAUGUGUGUGUGGGAGCUCAGGAUCAGGUCUGGGUUUGUUCACUGAUUUACUAAGGCAGGAAAGGCGUGUCAGUAAUUACACACAUGGUUUUUCUGUGUCCUUUCUUUUCCUCCUGGUCUUCCUCUUUUUAGCUGCACUGUAUGGCCAAAAGUAUGUAGACACCUGACCAUAAGCUUGUUGGACAUUAAUAUAGAGUCCACUUCCACGAGCCCCUUGUUCUGGGAUGGCUUUUCACAAGAUGAAACAAAAAUGUGUCUGCGAGGUCAGACAUUAUUGUUAUACGGGAAGGCCUGGCUUACACUUUUCCAGUUCAUUCCAAGUGUUUGAGGACAGCGCUCUAUGCAGGACACUGGAGUCACAGCAGUCCCGGUUCCACUAGGAAAGCUCUGGACACAACACCAGUUUAUCACAGGCCAUCCCCUCAGACAUAGCCAAUCAUGUCUGUGUAGACGCCCAACUGGUCGAUAACGAAUCUGAGAUUCAAAACCCUAGCUUAAUCGACCGUUGCAUCACCCCAGCGCACAUUUAUGUAAUAUAAGUUUAUUUUACAGACCUGUUAGCAAUAGAUGUAAAUAAAAGACCAGAAAUCAAUCAUUAGGAGGUGUCCACAUAUUUUUGGCAGUGAAAUUAAUUGACUAAAAAUGAUGGAUCUUUAAUGUAACUAUGACCAUCUCUUUAUUACAUUUAUACGAUAUCAACAGUAUAUUUCAUUCACGCCUUAAAACUAGCAGGACUUGUUGGCAGGUUCACAAUUACAUCUCUUAUUUUCACAGCUAUUAAUUUACUUUUAAUUUCACUCUAAUUAUUAAAUAUGAUGCUUUUAAAUGAAUCACAAAGGAUUAAACAUUAGCAGCAUAUAUUACAAAUUAUAUAACUUCAUGUUAGCCUUUACCUGGUGCUAUAAUAAUAAUAAUUCAUAAUAUAUACUGCAGUAAAAAGUAUGUAACGAGGCAUAGGUGAUAUUUUUGGCAUUGCUGUAAUUUUUGUACAUUUUAAUUGUAUUUUUAUGUAUUUUUAAGUCUGGCUAAUCUGGCAGUAUUUACAGGACAGUUUUGUAAAGGUACACUAGUGUUAGCAUAAUGCUAAUGGAUUUGCAACGACACGAUCUGACAGCAAUUUUGCAGAUGAAAAUGGGCAAAAAUAUUAGACUCUGAUUUCCAAAAGUAAAAUAAAUAUUUCACAAAA